AUGUACCAACCUUUUCGUUUUAAAGGCUGGGAGAGCCAUCCGUUCACCCUCGGAGCAUGGAACUAUGAAGACGAUCAAAGAUCGCAUACGGAGGCCACCCUAACAACAUUGGACGACGAGAUCGACGGCUCAAAAUUACCACUUCUAUCUGUCUCGGCCUCUCCGUAUCGCCGUAAUACUUAUACAAAGAAAGACAAGACAUUAGGGAAACGGCCAAAGUUGGUUUUCUGGAUUCGUCCAUACGAUGGUUGGACGCGGCAUCUUCGAGAUGAAUGUCUUGCAUCUGCUAACAAUAGCACAUUCCCCACAAUUCUACUUGAGGGGCCAUAUGGUGCUUCUUUCCCGUUAUGGAAAUAUGACUUUAUACUUUUUAUAGCAGGGGGAACGGGUAUAGCUUGCGCGAUACCCUAUAUUCAACAACAUCUGUGUCGUGGUGGAGACAAAAAUGACGACAAUAAGGAUUCAGAAAGACUCAUUGUAAACAAAAUAAGUCUGGUAUGGGCUGCCAGGGAAGUUGCUUUUGUGCAUGAUGUGGCAUCUCGAGAGUUACGAGAUGCCUUGUCACGAGACGAAUUUGAGGCUUUGUUCUACAUCACAGCAUCGCAGAGCAACACGGCUGUCAUGCAAGCUACUACGUCUGAACGGAUAAAUGCUAACUACUCCUUCUCUUCGAACGAUUAUAAUCCUACACGCGACGCAAAUAUAAAUGAACUCAACUUCCAUCAUGGCAGGCCCGAUACACAGAACCUUGUCCUUCGACAUGCACAAGAAGCCCACAAUAGCAAUAGCUCGAUCGCUAUUGUGGUCUCCGGGCCAUAUGCAAUGGCCGAUGAAGUGCGCACUGCAGUAUACUUGGCAUUGUGCAAAGGCUACCGCGGAAUAACUUUUCACGAGGAGUCUUUCAGUUGGUAA